CACCCAUCUCUGCACCGCUCCGCUCCGUGGCUAACCGCGCCUACCAUGUUGUGUGUAUACGUACGUAUCUACGUCUUUACUGCAGUCCGACCCAGUGCCCAGUUGCUUGUUAGAUCUGUCUCACAGUGUGUUGUCACAGUUUGAUCUGAUUCGAAGAUGUCUAUUAAACACCUGAUUGCUGAAGUUCAACAGCGGCCUAGCCUGUGGAACAACAAGGACGCUGAGUUCUACAACCGGCCUUACAACGAUAAGCUGUGGGAUGUCGUGGCGGAUAUCGUUCAGUUGCCCAAGGCGUCUGCCAAGACCAAGUGGAAGAACUUGAAAGAUUCGUUCGUGAAGGCGGUGAAGGGUGUGGGUAGACGUAGCGACGGUAGUGGUUCUGCGGUGGACCCCAACAAAUGGCCCCACUUCAACUCGUUACUGUUCCUGAUGGAGUGUGUGACCGUAUCCCCCGAGCACCUCCAGAACCUGCCACCGGACUGUGUACCCCUGGAACACUUCCAGAACCUCCAACAGGACCUGGAGUUGCCGAGCAACGGCACUGGGGAGGCCGAAGAACAACCGGGCGAGAACAGUACCGCGGAACAGGACGGUCUCGGCCACGACAUUCCCCUGGACGUGCAGCUCCGCAGCGGAUCACGGUCUCGGAACAAGAGGAGACUCCAAGACCCCGACUCUGCCGCCAGUCCGAAGAAGACAUCCAAAAGUGCUUCUAGCGAUUUAGAAAUCCAGAACAUAACCAGUUUCAGCAGUGAUCUGUUCAAAAGUGACAAUCGCAUGAUCGAAAUUUUACAAGAGCCCGAUGAUGACUAUGACAUGCACUUCUUGAAGUCAUUGGUUCCCUUUUUCAAAGACAUGACCUCUGUCCAAAAGCUGAGGGUACGAAGUAGGCUGCUCAACGUGAUCGCGGAAGAGCUCUCCUCGCAGAACUACAAAAAGUAGUGUUUUGUGUACUUUAACCAAAUCAACCAAAGCGUUAAUUUCAUAACAUUUUUGACACUAAUUGUAAAAAAGAAUAUCCAUGUGUUUAGUUAUUUCCUUGUACAGUAGUACGUAGUGAUCUCCUGUAAAAAUUAUAUAAUUUGUGAUAUUAAAAUGUUUAGACCA